AUGAAUCCAGCGAAAGAAAAUAUCAGUGGGAAAGUAUUGUCUGAUAAAAUUGGUCAAUUAUUAUCAGAUCAACAAUUAAAAAUAUCUGUUGAUCAAUUUCAAGAAUUGUGUAAUCAACCAAGUGUUCAGCCCUUCUUAAAGUGGUUUUGUCAACAUGUGUCACAAGAUAAUAUUUUAUCAAAAAAAGAAAUUCAGAUGAGCAAAAGUCUAAAGAAGAAUAACAAAUGGUUAACUGGAGAUAAAUUGGAUACAGCGUUAGCAACUGCUUUAAAAGAUCACCCAGAACUUGAAUCUAAAGUCGAGGAAAAUGUUAAUAACUAUGAAGCAGAACUUUACAAAGCUUGCGAAGCCGAAAAAGAAGCCUACAGUGAAGAUCUUAAAUAUCAAACUUCUCUCAAUAGCUCGUUGAAAAGAUUCAAAGAACUGGAGCUAAAACAAGAUGAGGAGUUAGAAAGAGAGAAAAUAAAACUAGAAAAUCUUGAAAUUGAAAAUCUUAAAGUAUACAAUGAUUGUCUUUUAAUUACUGAGGAAUAUGAUCUUGCUCUAAAAGAUCUGGAUAUUUUUUUGAAACAAACAUUGAAUGCUUAUCGUGAUGUUACAAAAAAGAGAUCCCGAAUUAUUUGUUGGAAUCAAGUCCCGUUAGAUAUAUAUGUAAAACAAAUAGACACUUAUAAUAAGUACCUUGAAUCUUACAUCGAAAAAAAUAAUUCAAUUUUUAAAAAAUAUUUUCCCGAUAAUUUUUUAACCGUAAACGAUGAAACGGAGAGUAGUAAUGAAGAAACUAAUAUUGGCUUAUUUAUGGAAACAGAAUUGAAGUCAUCCGAAAUAAGGUUGACAAAUGCGUUGUCAAAAAAAAUUGACUGCGAAGUUAAUAGAUAUACAGGAGAAGCAGCAAUAAAGCGUGCUAUUGAAAUAUACAACGAUGGUGAUAUCGAUCUUCCAAAAACCCAUUCUCAAUUAAUGUCUGAAACGGUAGAUUUGACAGCUAAAAGAGAUAGUUUAUUGCAAAAUAAUUUAGUUUUGGAGCAAGAAUUAAAAAAUUGUAUUGUCACCUAUAGCCAAUUAUCUGUUUCUCAUGUACUAGUUGAUAUGCAAGAGUUUCGAUUACAACAAAAAAAAAAUGAAUUGAAGCAAUUACAAGAUAUAUUGUACAUUGCACGAGAUAUGGGUCAUGCUCAUUCAGAUUUACUCUCAAUGUUAAUGCAAUCUCAGCUGAGAAAAUUAACAAAUCUUAGAAAAAUAAUUCCUGAAGCUCAACGUUAUCUAAGGACAAUUUAUCAACAAUCCUCCAAGAGACACCAACAUUUACUACAUCUUCAAGCACAGUACAAUAUAAUUGAGAAAUCUUCAUCUUGUGAAGAAAAUAUUUAUAAAAAACUCUUUUCACAAUUAGUAUCAGGGGAUAAAAAUUCAAAAGAUUCAUUUGAAUCAUCUGUUAAACAAUACAAUGGUAUCACUGCUGAGAAUAUAAGUUUGAAAGAAGAUCUAUUGGAAAAUAGUUAUAAUAAUCAACUACAAUACCUAAAAACUCUAGAAAAACAAGUGAUGAUAAUGUACGAUAAUGAAUUAAACAGUGGUCAAACAAAGAGUUUUAAAUUAAUGUCUAAUGAAUUGACUGCUCAAUUUGAACAUGUCAUUGAAUCCAUUGAAAAAAAUCAAAAUGAUUUUAGUCGAAUGAGGAAAAAAUUUAAAAACUUUUUGGAUAAAAUAACUCAAAAUUUUUCCGACCACGAAAAAGAAAUACUUUGGCAGAAAUUUUUAGCCGAUCCAGAAGGCCUAAAACGUCGAUACGAUGAAAUUCAGAAUGAAUUAAAUCGUGCUCAUUUUGGGAAUUCAGCUCUCAGUGAACAAUAA